UGUCUCCACCACAAUAAACACACAAUUUAUCUGACAGCUCGAUUGGUGAACGCUUUCGAUAUCAAUAUUAAGAACAUUAUGCAGACUAAAAGGAUUGAAGAGACAUAUAGAAGGAUCAGAUCCGACAUAAAAGAACAACGAACAACAACAAAAAUGACAAUUUCUUAUCCGAGAGAGCUACUGUCGUUCCUUGACAUGGGUAGCAAUUUUCUUGAAGUGAAAUUGGAACGAACAGAUACAAAUACGAAGAAGAAGCGAGCAAAGGUAGUGUUUCCUUAUGAGCCUAAAAUGAUCGAUGAGCUGAAGCUUGACGUUGGUGACAUGGUAGACGUCCUUAAUCAGGAGGAUGAAGGCUGGUGGAAAGGGACAGUGGACGGCAAGGUGGGCAUCUUCCCAUCCAACUAUGUAGAGAUUGUGAAUGAAUGUGAGUUAAUCAACGUCACUGACAACAGUUGUAAUAAACCGCCGUUGCCACUUCCUGUAGAGCAGUUCAUAGAACCUCCCCCUCUUCCUCCCAAGAUUCCGCUGAAAGAUACUUAUACGAAGAAAAAGAUAGCAAAGGUUUUGUUUUCGCAUGAGCCUGCAGCCGAGGAUGAACUGAAGAUUGACGUUGGUGACAUGGUAGACGUGCUUAAUCAGGAGGAUGAAGGCUGGUGGAAAGGGAUAGUAAACGGCAGGAUGGGCUUUUUCCCAUCCAACUAUGUAGAGAUUGUGAAUGAAUGGGAUUCAACCAUCAUCACUGAUGCUGAUGAUGGCAGUUGUUCUGAACUUGAAGCCCCUUCAACGGAGAUUCAGACCGAAGCUUGUCCAGAUUAUGACAGUGUACCCAAAGACGAAGCCGACCUGCAUGAUCAAGGAGCUAAUAGUAAACAGGAUGCUAAAUGUGAUUCGCAUAGAAAUGUUCAUAUGGUUGAGGUGGAUGGAAAAUCGGUGAUACUUCAGGGGAUUCUAUCGAGAGGAAUUAUCACAGACGUGUGGGCGGGCAAGCUAGACGUUGCAGUAAAAACCCUCAAGCCUGGUCGGAUGACGCAAAAAGCUUUCCUGGAGGAGGCCGAACUGAUGUAUCGUCUGCGUCACCCGAAGCUUGUCCAGUUGAUAGCCGUCUGCACGAAGCCGUCCCACAUAAUCACAGAGCUCAUGGUGAAUGGUGCACUUCUAGAUUACCUUCGGAAGGACCAAGGCAGAACAAUCACGUUUAAUAUCAUUACUAACAUGGCUGGACAGAUCGCUGAUGGCAUGGCAUAUUUGGAGACUGAGAACUGUGUACACCGCGAGCUUCGUGCGGCCAAUAUUCUGGUUGGGGAGCACCAUGAGGUCAAGGUCGCAGACUUCUUUCGCGCUCGAUUCAUUCAGGAUGAUUUCUAUGAGGCACCUGAAAACACUAUUUUGCCUACCAAAUGGAUUGCCCCCGAGGCUGCAUUUGAUCGCAAGUUCAGUAUCAAGUCAGACGUCUGGUCAUAUGGUGUUCUACUGUAUGAGUUAAUCACCUUUGGCAGUGUACCAUAUCCAGGUAUGAACAGUCAUGUGGUGCUAAACCGGGUCAAGAAGGGCUUCCGCAUGCCCCGCCCUACUGAUGGUCCCAUCCCCUGUCCUGACCCCUACUAUGAGCACAUGCUCAAGUGCUGGAACCGAUCGCCCGAGACCAGACCCACCUUUGCUUACCUUCAGGACUUCUUCAACAGCUAUAUGUUGUCCGCUGAAGGAUAAUAUAAGCCUAUGGAUUAGGAAAGAGAGUUAUAAUCAAAUCAACAAUGAACUGUACAGUAUAAUCCGAUGGACUUGGGAAGGACAAAUUUAUUCCUCAAUCCUGCUUGAUUAAAGCAGGUAGCCAUUCAACACUUUCGCCAUCCUUCCAGACUUCUUCAACAUUUAUUAUUUGUUCGAAAAAAACGAAAUGUUUGCCAGUUGUCUAGGGUCAUGACUUCACAAGUUCAAUGAAGUUGUACAGUGAUUGAGCUGAAAACAUAUGAGCCGUGCUCUGUGAAAAGGGGGUUUAAUGCAUGUGCGUAAAGUGUCGUCUCAGAUUAGCCUGUGCAGUCCGCACAGGCUAAUCAGGGACGACACUUUCCGCUUUUAUGAUAUUUUUCAUUUAAAGAAAGUCUCUUCUUAGCAAAAAUUAUGUUUAGGCGGAAAGUUCCUUUAUACACAUGCAUUAAACACCCUUUUCACAGAGCACGGCUCAUAGUUUUUCUGACUGCAGCUGAAUUACAAAUAAUGUGUUCAUGCACAUGGAAUUGACCUGUAAGAGGAAUACCAUUUUUACAUCUUCUAAGAGCAUAUCAUUGGUAUACUGCAAUUCAUUCAAGCAAAUGGAAUUUACUGGUAUGCCAUAUAGAUUUGUACAACUUCUUUCAAGAGUAUUUGAAUGGUAUCGUGCAAUUCGCAUACCAUGUUAGCUGUAUUUUAUGCACAGUUCUAAUAAAAGCCUUACUGAAGCAAUUUGUGAUCUCAGCUUGUUCAAAUUUAAUGUUUCUAUUGUCUUUUUAUUUCCUCAUCAUUAUGUUUAAAUCACAACAGGCACUUUGAUGUUAUUAUCUGGGUUAUUGAAACAAUUGAAAGACUUGAAUGUUUCAAAAUGUAUUUUUAAUGAAGAAACUACUUCCAGAUAGAUUUGUUCUUCAGUUGUUUAAUUCAGACGAUUACAGCUUUUCACUUUUGUUGAUAGUUUAUAUAGAUUUAAUUUCAAUAAUGAUAUUUAAUUGCAUUUUAUUCUUCUGAAAACAUGUUCGUUACAUUCCAUUUACAAUUAUUAUAAUAAUAAUAAAAUUAUAUGAAUGAUUCAAGAAAUACAUUGUCGAUUUUAGAUUAGAAGUAUAUUUUUAAGUGGAAUGAAAAUGCAUGCUAAAGUGAAAGAAUCCAAUUCAUUAUUUACUUUUGGUUGUGUAUAAUUUGAACAUUAAUUAGCUUCUUUAAAAAUAGCAUGUUAAUGUUUUAAGUAGUUGAAAAUAAGCCUAGUAUUUCUUUUGUAAUUUUGCUCUGUAUACUUUAUAUGAAUUGAGAAUAUCGACAAAUUAUUGUAUAAUGACCAUUUACAUUUUUGUUCAUAAGUAGUUUACAAGCCGUUAAAUGUUUGUGGAUUUGGUCCAUUAAAAAAAACAGGCAGCAUUGAAGUUGGUUCUAUUGUUACUUAAUAUGUUAAGUUAAAUGGCAGAACAAUGUAAACUGAACGUUUAUGAAGCUACUUGAGCUAUAGACAAAAAAGCAUGCAUAAUAACAUAAUGUCUGAUUGUAAAGUAAAACAAAUUGUUAAGUAAAACAAACUCGUUAAAAGUGUUUACUGUACAAACGUUAAUAUAUUUGGAUAAAUGUCGGUUGAGCAUGUGCCUAUUGUAUCUGGUAUAGGGAUAUAAAAAACAAAGAUACUAUGUUUUCAUUUCAACUCACACAACUUUACUUUGAUAAUUGCACUGGUACAUUAUUUGAUUUUAAUAGCCAUAUUAAUGCCUACCUACAUAUUUGUGUAUCAAAUGCACAGAGGGGCCCAUACAUGAAACCAAUUGAAGAAGGAAGUAGUUCUAAUGAUCAUCUUUUUAUUUAUUUUGAACAUUAGUUAGUCUUCAAGUACCUUAUUUUAAGUAAAUUGUACAUUUGUGUUUGGUGAAUGUUCAACUGUUGCAUCUGUUGAAUACUUUGCUAAAAGUGACUCUUCCCUUUACUGUAUUAAUGUAUGUUAAGUUUUCAUUAUGAAGUAUAUUUCAUUUAAAUGCUAUAGCAUCUGGCCAGAACAAUGAAGUUACAUGGAACGAUUUUUUUCUACUGUACAUAUUAAUAUAUUGGCCGAUUAUUUUAAACAAAAUAAAAAAAGAUACUGUUAAAACCAUUAUCUGUGAUUUUGUGUUAUAACCCCCAAAUAACCAUUAUCUAUGAUGUUGUGUUGUAACUCCCAAAUAACCAUUAUCUAUGAUUUUGUGUUGUAACCCCCAAAUAUUUCAUAGUUCAUUUUAUUUACAUUGGUUUCCUUUUUUUACUGGCAUCCGUGUGCAGUUUUUCUUAAUGGAACAGAACUGUGUAGGUUUUAAAAAAUCUGCUUCAUCAUGUAAGCGUAAUUUCAUAUUUUUCUAAACUUCAAGGGGAGAUGAUUCUGAACUUAUUCUUACGAUGCUCAUUUACGAAAGGGGUUGAGUACUCAUUGAUAUGAAAACACAGUAAAAGUUUUAAUGUGUUUACGAACCCCCACCCCCACCCUCUCACACAUAUAUUUCAUGGGCAAAAUAAAAACAAAAAAUGGUUACAAUAAAACAGCAUAUUUAUUUAAUCUAAAAUGUCUACAUCAAAUCAAAAAGUUAAAAUAGAACACAAAUAAAA